UUUCCUAGCGAGCGGCGAGUGCGCCUGCGCGCCGAGGUUCCAUUCUUACCAAGCCCAAGCUGCAGCUUUAUCGGCAACACAGGGGCGGAGAAGAGCAUCAGCCAUGCAUUGCAGGAGCAGCAGCGGGGAUUAGAGGCUUCUGCUGCUCCCAUUCGUCUGAAUGCCUCUUUUAGGACGUGCAGGAGUCCAAAUAUCUUUGCGCCCGCCUCCAGUGCCGGCGCCACAGCCUCCGCCGCCAGGAUGGACUGCUGAACAGAGAAGCAUCACAGACCUGGUCAUACAGCACGGCUGGUCCGCUCCCAGCUUUAUUUAUCUAUUACUAGUUAUUUUGAAUUGAACUUUUAAUAACCUGCCAGCUGCUCUUCAGACACACAUGGUGCAUUGUUGCCAUUCCCAGAAUCACGUCUUUGAAAUCCAGGCCCUUGGUAACCUUCAUCGAACAAAGAGGCGACCUAGAGGAGACAUCUGCAGCAGGACUUUUCAAACCUGCUGCCCUCUAGCUUCUCCACUGGCUGUGCUGUUUUCCUAGCACAAGAUGGAGCCCACCAUGGAGGGUUGCUUGGUCCAGGUUCUGCAGAAGGAUGUUGGGAAGAGACUUCAGGUUGGCCAAGAACUAAUAGACUAUUUCUCAGAUAAACAGAAAUCUGCCGAUCUGGAACAUGAUCAGACCAUGCUGGAUAAAAUGGUUGAUGGCCUUGCUACCUCGUGGGUAAAUUCCAGCAAUUAUAAGGUUGUCCUGCUGGGCUUGGACAUCUUAUCUGCGCUGGUGUCACGGCUCCAAGAUAGAUUUAAAGCCCAAAUUGGAACAGUACUACCGAGUUUAAUUGACAGACUGGGGGAUUCGAAAGACUCGGUCCGAGAGCAGGAUCAGGCACUGCUGCUAAAAAUCAUGGAGCAAGCUGCUAGCCCUCAGUAUGUAUGGGACAGGAUUUUGGGAGGAUUCAAACACAAGAAUUUCCGGACUAGAGAAGGAAUUUGCCUCUGCCUUAUUGCAACACUCAAUGCAUCUGGAGCUCAGAGUUUAACACUGAGCAAGAUUGUGCCACAUAUAUGUAAUUUACUUGGAGAUCCAAACAGCCAGGUUCGCGAUGCAGCAAUAAAUAGCCUAGUAGAAAUCUACAGACAUGUAGGUGAACGUGUAAGGGCUGAUCUCAGCAAAAAAGGAUUGCCACAGUCUCGGUUGAACAUCAUUUUUACAAAAUUCGAUGAGGUCCAGAAAUCAGGAACCAUGAUCCAGGGAUCAGGUGAUAAAAACUUUGAUGAUGACGACUCUGUGGAUGGAAACAGGCCUUCCUCAGCCAGCUCCUCGACAUCUUCAAAGGCUCCAUCAAGCUCUCGAAAAAGUGGGAUGAGUUCUGCUCGCAGAGUUGGAACAACAGCUCUGGUCUCAAAGGCGCCAGCCACUAAAGAAGGAGCUGGUGCCGUCGAUGAGGAGGAUUUCAUCAAAGCUUUUGAAGAUGUCCCAACAGUUCAGAUUUAUUCUGCCCGAGACCUUGAAGAAUCCAUAAACAAAAUCAGAGAAAUCCUGUCUGAUGACAAACAUGAUUGGGAACAGAGAGUAGCUGCACUAAAAAAGAUCCGGUCUUUAUUGCUGGCUGGAGCUGCUGAGUAUGAUACCUUCUUUCAACUCCUGCGCCUGCUCGAUGGAGCGUUUAAAUUAUCUGCUAAAGACUUGCGGUCCCAGGUGGUGCGAGAGGCUUGUAUCACAUUGGGGCAUUUGUCAUCAGUCUUGGGUAACAAGUUUGACCAUGGGGCAGAAGCCAUCAUGCCAACAAUCUUUAAUCUCAUUCCCAACAGUGCCAAAGUAAUGGCCACCUCUGGUGUGGUAGCUGUUAGAUUAAUUAUCCGGCAUACACACAUCCCUCGACUAAUCCCCAUCAUCACCAGUAACUGUACCUCCAAAUCUGUCGCAGUUAGAAGGCGCUGUUUUGAAUUUUUAUAUUUACUUUUACAAGAAUGGCAAACACACUCCCUAGAAAGGCACAUAUCAGUAUUGGCUGAAACACUAAAGAAGGGAAUCCACGAUGCUGACUCUGAAGCACGGAUAAAAGCCAGAAAGUGUUACUGGGGCUUCCACAGCCAUUUUAGCCGAGAAGCAGAGCAUCUGUUCAAUUCGUUGGAGUCCUCAUACCAGAAAGCCCUGCAGUCUGACUUGAAGAACUCUGACAGCAUAGUGUCCUUGCCUCAGUCUGACCGCUCCUCUUCUAGCUCCCAGGAGAGUCUCAAUCGUCCGCUGUCUGCCAAAAGAAGUCCAACUGGAAGCACUACAUCGCGAGCUUCUACAGUGAGUGCAAAAUCUGUGUCUGCAUCAGGGUCCCUCCAACGUUCUCGCAGUGACAUUGACGUGAAUGCAGCAGCCAGUGCCAAAUCUAAAGUCACUUCUGGAUCAGAUGCCCCCUUCAGCUCAGCAGCAGCCUUGCCCCCGGGUUCAUACGCAUCUCUAGGUCGGAUCCGCACAAGGAGGCAAAGCUCUGGAAGUACCACCAGUAUCACCUCAUCACCUGCUGACACUCGAGGCCGCAGCCGGGCUAAAGUAGUUUCACAGUCCCAGCGAUCCAGAUCAGCUAACCCUGCUGGUGCUGGCAGUCGAUCCAGUUCCCCUGGCAAGCUUUUGGGAAGCGCAUACGGUGGACUGAGCAGUGGAACAACCAGAGGACACCCAGCGCCAUCCCCUGCUGAAAAACGCAGCAAGGUCCCUCGAAGCCAGGGCUGCAGCCGAGAGACCAGUCCAAACAGGAUAGGUCUAGCACGGAGCAGCCGUAUCCCCCGACCCAGCGUGAGUCAGGGGUGCAGCCGCGAUACCAGCCGUGAGAGCAGCCGAGAUACAAGCCCUGCUCGGGGCUUCCCUCCACUUGCCUCUCGACGUCAUUCCAGGUCCACUAGCGCUCUCUCCACUGCUGAUUCUGUUGGGCAGUCAGACCGGUUUGGGCUUGGACAGCCAGGCAGGUUGCCUGCCUCUAUGAAUGCAAUGCGAGUCCUCAGCACAAGCACAGAUCUGGAGGCUGCUGUGGCGGAUGCACUGCUCUUAGGAGACUCCAGAAGCAAGAAAAAGCCGGUGAGACGAAGGUAUGAGCCAUAUGGGAUGUAUUCUGAUGAUGAUGCAAACAGUGACGCAUCAAGUGCUUGCUCAGAGCGCUCCUACGGUUCCCGAAAUGGAGGUAUCCCACACUACCUGCGGCAGACGGAAGAUGUGGCCGAGGUCUUAAAUCACUGUGCAAGUUCCAACUGGUCUGAGAGGAAAGAGGGGCUAAUAGGUCUACAAAACUUAUUGAAGAGCCAGAGGACACUGAGCCGAGUUGAAUUGAAAAGACUGUGUGAGAUCUUCACACGCAUGUUUGCUGACCCGCACAGCAAGAGAGUUUUCAGCAUGUUUCUUGAAACCCUGGUAGACUUCAUCAUUAUUCACAAGGAUGAUUUGCAGGAUUGGCUUUUUGUCCUCCUGACACAGUUGCUCAAGAAGAUGGGAGCUGACUUGCUGGGCUCAGUACAGGCAAAAGUGCAGAAAGCUCUGGAUGUAACAAGGGAUUCUUUUCCAUUUGAUCAACAGUUUAAUAUUUUGAUGAGAUUUAUUGUAGAUCAAACCCAAACACCAAACCUUAAGGUAAAAGUGGCCAUCUUGAAGUAUAUUGAGUCCUUGGCCAGACAGAUGGACCCCACAGAUUUUGCAAACUCCAGUGAGGCAAAACUUGCUGUUUCUAGGAUCAUUACUUGGACAACAGAACCAAAGAGCUCAGAUGUGAGAAAGACCAUGCAUAGUUGGGUAGGUGAGGAUAUACCAGCUAGACCAUCAGCCUCAUCAGGUCCUGGUGAAGGAAACUUGGAAGAGAAGUGUAAACAGGCAGCACAAAUAGUCCUGAUUUCUCUGUUUGAACUGAACACUCCUGAGUUUACCAUGUUACUUGGUGCCUUGCCCAAAACAUUCCAGGACGGUGCUACCAGGCUGCUACACAACCACCUCAAGAACUCCAGUAACACUAGUGUGGGUUCUCCUAGCAAUACUGUUGGCCGAACUCCUUCACGUCACCCUAGCAGCAGAACCAGCCCCUUAACUUCACCCACCAACUGUUCUCAUGGAGGACUCUCCCCAAGUCGUUUCUGGGGUUGGAGUGCAGAUGGGCUGUCGAAGCACCCCCCUCCCCUUUUUCAGCCUAACUCCAUCCCCGUUGCUCCUCCUCACAAGACUUUCAGGCGCUCUUACUCUCCCAGCAUGUUGGAUUACGACACAGAGAACUUAAAUUCUGAUGAAAUUUACAGUUCCCUUCGUGGAGUCACAGAAGCAAUUGAAAAGUUUAGUUUCCGCAGCCAAGAAGAUCUAAAUGAACCAAUCAAGCGUGAUGGAAAGAAGGACAGUGACAUUGUUUCUCGAGAUGGCUGCUUAGCCUCACCAGCCACUGAUGUGCGUGGAGGCAGUGAUGUUGUGGAAGGGGGAAGGAUGGCUCUUGAUAACAAAACUUCCCUACUCAACACCCAGCCCCCGCGUGCAUUUUCGGGACCCCGAGCCCGGGAGUAUAACCCUUACCCACACUCGGAUACUAUCAGCGCCUAUGACAAGAGUGCCCUUAAAGAGGCGGUGUUUGAUGACGAUAUUGAUCAGCUUCGGGACGCGCCCAUUGAUCAUUCUGAUUUGGUAGCUGAUCUUUUAAAAGAGUUAUCCAACCACAAUGAGCGGGUAGAAGAACGGAAAGGGGCCCUUUUUGAGCUACUGAAGAUUACAAGGGAAGACAACCUAGGAGUUUGGGAGGAGCAUUUCAAGACCAUUUUGCUGUUAUUGCUGGAAACGCUUGGAGACAAAGAUCAUUCAAUAAGAGCCUUGGCACUGAGGGUGUUGCGAGAAAUCUUGAGAAACCAGCCUGCAAGGUUUAAGAACUAUGCUGAACUAACUAUCAUGAAGACUCUGGAAGCACAUAAGGAUUCUCACAAAGAGGUUGUGAGAGCUGCUGAGGAAGCCGCUUCCACUCUGGCCAGCUCCAUCCACCCUGAGCAGUGCAUCAAAGUGCUGUGCCCCAUCAUUCAGACAGCUGACUAUCCAAUCAAUCUGGCUGCUAUUAAAAUGCAAACUAAAGUCAUAGAGAGGAUCUCAAAGGAGUCUUUGCAUCAACUUCUUCAAGACAUUAUCCCUGGCCUGUUGCAGGGCUAUGACAACACAGAAAGCAGUGUUCGCAAAGCCAGUGUAUUUUGCCUCGUGGCAAUCUAUUCUGUUAUUGGUGAAGAACUGAAGCCUCACCUUGCACAGCUCACUGGGAGUAAGAUGAAGCUCCUCAACUUGUACAUAAAGAGGGCCCAGACCACCAACAGCAACAGCAGCUCAUCUUCAGAUGUUUCCACGCACAGUUAAUGGAGAUCUUUGGACAUGCCUGUAGACAUAGAAGCCAUCAGCUGUGCCUCUCAGAGACCCUCCCCUCAUCAGCACGCUCCACCCGCUGAUGGAGGCCAUGCAGAUAUUUAUUGCAAUCAGUAUUUUUAGUCCUUUUAAAAGCUUUCUAUGGUAGGAUAUUAUUGUUACUGAAUGUAAAGGAAGCAAGGCCUGGGUUGCAGUCUUCUUCAUUUGGAAAAAAAAAAGGCGAUAGAACACACCGUGGUUAAACACACUGCAGUUAUCCACUGACGUUUUGGGGGUCAUACUUACAGUAGACUCGUUGAAAUCAAUGGGCUUAAGUUCAUCAUGUGAAUUGAUUUCAGUGGAUCUGCCUUGAGUAUGACAUCUUGGAUUCAGACCUUGGGUUUUUUAUUAGGUUGUGCUUGUAUCGGUCAAACAUUUGACUAGUUCCUCCUGUUCCUCUAAUUUCAGGAAUGUGUCCUUGUUUCAGAGAUGAGGUUAAAAUUUAGAAUGGCCUCACUUGGGUUUUUUGGGAGAAAGCCCUACAUUCUUUAAAAAAAAAAAGGAAAGGAAACUAGGCCCCUCAACUCACUUUUUAAAAUUAUUACGGGGGGGGGGAAAACACCAACACAAACAAAUUGUAUAGUACCAUCAUCUGAGUGACACCGGUCAUGGAAAUUCCCUGGGAGAUCUCAGCAAACUUGCAAUGGUGCUGUUUAUAUAGGGCAGAUGCACUUACCCUACUAUAACCCAUUUAAGACCCGCCUCUGUGUAGAUGUUUCAAUUAUCUGAUUAUUAUUUUUAGCACAUGCUGAGAAACAUUUUUUCAAAGUGAGAAAAAAAAGAAAGCAAAGCUAUAUGCUGUGAUAUAGUCUUGACUUCUUACUCCAGAGGAGGUUCUACUUACUUGACAAAACUCAUUCCUACUCUGUUUUUCAUGGUGUUUUUUUAUUUUAUUUUAUUUUAAAAAACGGAACUCUGUUCUGUUACAAUAUUCGCUGGGGAUUGAAUUCCUUCUGUAAUAAUUUUAUCUAGCUUUAUGAAAUCUGUUAGUAUGCACUGAGCGUGAAUGCACUGUAAUAUCUCUGAACUGGUUAAGUAUCAACACUCACUGUCAAAGGAACUGACAACCUAUCUCUUAGAAAAGAUAUGUGAAAUGUGCUACUACUGCUGCUGCUUCAAUCCUCAGUAUGAAAUUUGUACUUUCCAAACCUCGAUUGGCUUUUGUAGGAGCUGCAACUCAGAUAACCAGGCCUUCCUUUCUUAAUAAAAUACUGCUUUCGUUUGUCAACCAAUGCUCCUUAGUGUGACACUUUUUCUGUUGCCACCUCCCCACCCAACCUUUGAGUACUCCAGGAGUUUGUCACCCCACCUCCCAACAACCACACAAUCUGAUUUUAUUUAUAAUCUUGUUUUGUGUCUACUGUACAUAGCAAAUUGUUUCCCUUCUCUCUUAGUAUUUCAGGUAUGACUCUGUUUCAUUAGGGUAGUACUCAAAGGGCUAGGUAGUACCCAAUCUGCACCAAUCUGCUUUCUUAAAGCUAUACAGUUGAGGGUGGGGUGGGUGUUUUCUUCCAGGCACAAGAACCCUUUGGCUACCAAUCCAUACAUGCUGGUGAAGACAAAUCUGCAUGAUGUUGGCGCUUAGCUGCCAGAUUACGGAGGGCUCCUACCUUUUCUCAGCACUGUCCAAAUGUCUGCAGCUGCCUUUUUACUUGCUGCCUCCUUACGCAGGGCUUUAACUUUUCAGACCUUUUGAAAGAAAGAGGUUUCUUUUUCUUUGUAUUCUUCCCCAUCUUCUCUUCCCCCCCCUUCCCUCGCCCCGCACCCAUUUCCCUCCUCUUCCCAGACCUUCAUAUCUGAGAAUCCGCACAGAACAACCCUGCCUGCUGUUGGGUUGGGUUCGAUGGAGAUGUACAUGCUUCCAGUGGGGCGCCCAGCGUCCCAGGGCAUGAGCAAACAAAUCAAUGCAACCCCUUUCACACCAUCUGAAGUACUGUAGGUCUCUUAUAUAGUCCUGCAUCGACUGAGGCAUGUGGCUUCCUUUUAAAAGGUACACUAUGUGUGCUUGCCUGGAUUACAGUACAACACAAGACCUUUUCUAUCGCUUCCUAGUAGCUUCUCAAUAACCUGUAUAAGUAAUGUAACUUGCAACGUUGUCAUAUAAAUCUUCUUUCUACCACCCUCCCAGACCCUUUAUUUAUCAAGUGUAAUAGUUCAUAUUAAAGGACAACAGAGAAAUGUUUGUAGAAUGCAGCAGGAUUUUGCUAACAGUAAUAAUGUUUUAAAUGGGAAGGAUGGGCUUAUAAAGCCACUCAAAACAGUCGGCCAUCAGAAAAGAGUUUGUUGGCACAGUGUUCACGCGCAUGUAUUUAAUUUCUAUUUUUGGGUUGGUUAUUUUCUUUUAUUUCUCUUUUUUUUGGGCGCUUUUGUCAUGUUACAUCCAUAUCUGUAUUUAUAUCUUAUUUGUUUCACUUUUGAGUGUAUCAUGGCAAAUGUACAGAUGUUUUUAUGUUAACAUUUACAUGAUAGAAUUUGCUAAAAAAUAAAAUGAAACCUUUUGAGUUUGCCCUAGAAUAAAUGACAGUUAAAUUUAA